CAGAAGGGCGAAGACGGUGAUAAAGGCACAAUCGGAGAUCAAGGCCUCGUCGGUGAGAAAGGCGAAGUCGGUGAUCAAGGCCCAGUCGGUGAGAAGGGCGAAGUCGGUGAGAAGGGGGAAGUCGGCAUCCAGGGUCAGAAGGGCGAAGACGGUGAUAAAGGCACAAUCGGAGAUCAAGGCCUCGUCGGUGAAAAGGGCGAAGUCGGUGAGAAGGGCGAAAUCGGCAUGCAGGGUCAGAAGGGCGAAGACGGUGGUAAAGGUACAAUCGGAGAUCAAGGCCUC